AUGGCUUCGAACCGUCUCCGCCGUAUAGCUAAGGAGCUCGCAGAUAUCCAGAGCGACGUUGACUCGAAAAUAUUGGCAGAAGCAGCGGAUGGAGGAUCUGAUCUUUCACAUCUCCAUGCUUCCUUUCCAGGCCCCCCAGAUACCCCUUAUGAAGGAGGCACAUUUGUGGUCGACAUCAAGAUCCCACAGGAAUAUCCGUUUCGACCGCCUCAGAUGUCUUUCAAGACAAAGCUGUGGCAUCCUAAUGUCAGCAGCCAAACCGGAGCUAUUUGCCUCGAUACUCUGGGCACAGCCUGGUCACCAGUCCUUACUAUUAAAUCGGCUCUCCUCUCCUUACAAUCACUCCUCAGCACACCCGAACCGAAAGAUCCGCAAGAUGCUGAAGUCGCAAGCAUGCUUAUGAAGAAUCCUGAACAAUUCCAGCGUGUGGCAAGAGAGUGGGCAAUCAAGCAUGCAAAUGCACCAAAGUCGACGAAUUGGGAAAACACUAUUGCACAACAGCCUACGAAGUCCAAGCCAAAGUCGCAAAAGAUCCUCUCUCGGGAGGAGGAGCUAAGACAGCAAAUGUUAAGAUACCAAGGGUACAACAAGGACCUGAUUGACCGCUUUGUCAACAUGGGUUUCGACAUCGAUCGAGUAGUCGAGGCAUUCAACUACGUCAAUAUCGACCGGAACAACGGCGAGGACUACGAGCUUGAGGAAGCCUACAUGGGGGACAUUACAGCCAGACUCCUUGGCGAGCCUUAA